GCUGUCACGAUUUUCUCGUCUUCCACUUCCUGUGAUUAUCCAACAUCUGUCAAUUGGGUAUUUGGGGGUUUGUGCUUAUUUUAGGGGGAUUUUGAUAAAAAAAUACGAUGGCUGUGAGGUUGUUGGCCAAGAUGAGGGUGCUGCCGGAGCUCCGCACCGCGGGGUACUCCAGUUCCGCUGCGGCUCCUGCCCAACUGUCCGAUUUUGACUUGCAACACAAGACUCCGGUUAUCAGAAAACAGAAGCUGAUCCCGAAGGCCCAUUACGGCGGGAGGCACGCAGUAACCAUGCUCCCUGGCGGAGGCAUCGGCCCCGAGUGUAUGGGUUACGUCAAAGACAUCUUCAAAUAUAUUGGUGCUCCUGUGGACUUUGAAUGGGUGAACAUUGACCCCAAUGUUGACAACGAUGAGGAUGUCCAGUACGCCAUCACUACUAUCAAGAGGAACGGCGUUGGUCUUAAGGGCAACAUUGAGACGAAGAGCGAGGCAGCCUACGUGACGUCACGAAACGUGGCCCUUCGUAAUGAGUUGGACAUGUACGCAUAUGUCCUCAACUGCAAGUCCUACCCCGGAGUGAAGACCAGGCACAACAACAUUGAUGUCAUCAUUAUCAGACAAAACACAGAAGGGGAGUACGCCAUGUUGGAGCAUGAGUCCGUGCAGGGUGUGGUGGAGUCCAUGAAGGUGGUAACCGACAGCAACUCGGAGCGGGUCGCCAGGUUCGCUUUUGAGUUCGCCAAGAGAAAUAACCGCAAGAAGGUAACGACGGUCCACAAGGCAAACAUAAUGAAGCUGUCGGACGGUCUGUUUCUGGAGACGUCGCGCCGCGUUGCCGCUGAGUACCCCGACAUCGAGCACAACGACAUGAUCAUUGACAACUGUUGCAUGCAGCUCGUCGCCAAUCCUCACCAGUUCGACGUGAUGCUGAUGACCAACCUGUACGGGUCGAUCGUGUCCAACGUGGUGUGUGGGCUGCUGGGCGGCGCGGGGCUGCUGUCCGGCCGCAACUACGGAGACCACUACGCUGUGUUCGAGCCCGGCACCAGGAACACCGGCACGGCGAUCGCGGGCAAGAACAUAGCCAACCCUGUUGCCAUGAUCAACGCGUCAGUAGACAUGCUGGAGCACCUUGGACACUUCUUCCACGCCGACCUCAUCAGCCGCGCCGUACACAAGACCAUCAAUAUUGACAAGGUCAUGACCCCGGACUUGGGCGGCACCGCGUCUUCCACCGACGUCGUCAACGCCAUCAUAGGUAACAUCGGCAAAAAGUAGACCAGGCACAAGUUGACACUGGUGCUUAUUCGGGCGCCCACAAACUUAACACGUUCAUUGUGUAACUGAAAAUUUUACUGAGCCGCCAAAGGCCCCUGACACGACUCAUGUGACCGGGACCAACGGCUUAACGUGCCUUCCGAAGCACGGAUCGUCUUCGGGCAAUCAGGUGAUCAGCCUGUAAUGUCCUAACCAAAUUAGGGAAUAUAUCGACCUCUCACGUGCAAUGUUAUUUUUCGAACACAUUGGCAUUUAUGUACGAUAAGCUGUAAAAGUCCAAUCAGUUUCUUGCAAAGUAAUAAAUUAACUGGUUGCACUUAAGAUCUCCGUUUCUGUAAUAGACCAAAAUCACCUACAAAAAUAUAAAUUUUAUAAUUAUGUCAACUAAUGAUUCAUAAUUUCACUACUGUUUACAAAUAAUUCGCUGGGCUCACUGACUGCAGUUUUGAUUGUAGAUAGACACACCAGGGCAAGAAAAAUUGUGGCCCACAUAUGGGCCAUGCACGUAUUAGUUACAAAUUUAUUGCCCCAUAUGUGGUUCAUACACAGUGAACGUGUUGACUUUAUUUUUGUUUGACGGCUUUUGAACUAUUGCUGUCCAUCACUUACAAUAAGCGAAAGAAAGAGCUAGAGUUAUUCUUGUCAAAUCAAGUUGGUGGUUGCCCGAAUGACGCCAUUGUAGAGCUAAACACCCGCCAUAGUGGAGACAUUUACAGUAUGUUAAAAAAAAAUGGGAUUUUCAUAAUCAUUAAUUUAAGAGCCAUAUUCAUAUUCGACGAUCGGUCCCGCGCUGCCCGCAUCCAACGGCUGGAGAUCCUUGGGGGAGGCCUAUGCCCAGCAGUGGGCGUCGUACGGCUGAUGAUGAUGAUGAUUCAUAUUCAUUUAUUCCUUACAACAACUUUACAUUGUGUUGGAAAUUGGAAACUGUAAAUAUCUUUACUAUGGCCAGUGACAGCAUUGCUUGAGAUCCUUUUAUUUUUUGUUUUUAUUCUCAUAGAGAUGUACCCGAACUUAGUAUACACGGUAUAGACAAAAAAUGAAUGGAAAAAAGAACUUAACUAAAAAGUUUAACAAUCUUUACAGAAGUUACCAAAAUGUAGUUAAUGUAAUUCCCGUUGUAUAUUAGAAUAAUGAAAAUUUAUAAAAUCGCAUUAUGUACAGUCAUGAGCAAUAUAAUGUACCCACUUUAGGACUCUGUCGCACUAACAUAUUUGACAUUUAGUGAGACUUACAGUUCAAUUUGUCAACAAAGUUAAUGUGACAUGGUACCAAAGUGUAUACAUAUUAAUGCUCGUGACCGUACAUCCCAGUAUACUGUAUUGCUCUAAAACAAUGAAACAGUUACAAAAAAAAAAAACAAGGAAAUUGGCGGUCUUAUCCCCUAAAGUAAUUACUCAUAUUUUAUGUAUGAAUGCUUAUGACUUCGCGAUGUGUCAUUGAGAAAUGCAAUUUUCAUUAUUCUAAAAUGUAAACACUUCUUACUUUUACCCGUUUAUUUAUUUUAUUUAGAAAAAAUAAGUAAAAACAGUUAUAGUAUUAAUUUAUUAAGUAGAUCUGUUUUUUUUAGUUCACAUUCAUACAUUAUGUAUCGCUAUAUUUAAAUUGUUGACAAUAAUAAAAUCAAUCACUGUAAAAUGGUAGAAUACUUUUUUUAUUAAUGGCAAGUUUUACUAAUGUCACUAGAUUUUAGUCAGAAGCAAAUAUUAAAAAGUAAAUGUGGUUUAAAAAACCCUUAAGAGUUAAGACUAGGCAGUAUGUGCUGAUGACCUUUGCCUGUUCUAUAAUCAUGGACAAAUUUAAAAAGAAAACAAAACUAUAUGUUUAUUUUUAUGGCUUUUAUUAUAAUUUUAUAUACAAUAAAAAAAAUAUCAUUUUAUAAAGUAACAAAAUAUGUCCAGUGAAAAAAACAAAGACCUUGUAUAGAAUAGACGGAGCAUAUUUAAGACGAAAGAAAAACAUAGGUUUUGUCUUUCGCACUCAUGUGAGCCGUCAUAAGUUAAAAAGAGAUAAAUAUACUAUCGUCGUAACGUCUUUUGUACUCGUGUAGCGGGUUUGUUAUAGAAACGUACCUAUAGUAUAUGUUUUUGUAUCAGAACCACUAGUGCCGUUCCAUGUCUUUAUCGACAUUAUUAUUGGCUAAAUAUUUCAUGUUAGUCCAAGAUCUAAAAAAAUAUACAUUACAAAUUGAAUGAUUAAUUAAAUACAGAAAUAACGACCUAGUAUCCAUACCUGGGUGGGUAGAACCACAAGUAAAUUAGUUAAAACGAUACCUAUUUGUACCCUGAUAGAAAGAUACCUAAGAAGAACCGUACGUUGCGGUGACAGAUUCAGAACCACUUAUUCAACGUAAUUAUCAUGGACAAACUUGUUAAAGGUCAAUUUAUCAUUUUUGAAUCUAUGUCAUUUCGCAAGGUGUUAUGACCGAGGAGGUCGAGGACGGUCCGUCUAGUCCACAUAUACUAUAGUAUCAUUUUAAUACGACAUUGCGGCCACCCUUUGGUUGCUAUAAAUCACAUACCUACCCUUUUAUAAAAAUUAAAUACACGUUUUUCAUUGACUUGACCGGAAAUCGAAUCGGCUCUCGAUACAAGAAGUAGACGACCUUCUAGUAUAUUUCGGGGAUUAUCUCAAUGCGAUUAAAGAAUAAAAGCAAAUACUUCUUUAUAAGAUUUUUAUUCAAUAUAGUUAGAAUACAAUGACUACGAAGCACUGAACAAUUCCGACUUUUGGUGAUAAAAAAAAAUAUUUCCUCUUGUUCACUUUCUUUAGAAGUGUAUAGUGUCGGCUCUGGUCGUUAUAACUUUACCUGCAAGAAUGGCACAUAUUAACGUGGAGCACACAAAUACACAAGCAUUGCAUGUUUACACAUUGCACAUAGAAGGAAUAAUCACAGGUAAUUACAAAAAUAGUUAUUCAUACUAAUUAUUUAUAGAAGGAAUAAUCACAGGUAAUUACCAAAAUAGUUAUUCAUACUAAUUAUUUUGUGCAAUAGAGAAUAUUUGUAUUGUAUUGAAAUAUUUUUUCCAUGCUAAUGUAGAAUACAAAAACGAAAUAGCUGCAAAUUUAUCUAUAAACUUAUAACUAAACUUAAACUCACCUUAUGUGAGAUAUGUGAGUGAAUAUUGUUGGUACUGCAUCUCUAUGUAAUAUUUUUGUUUGGUAUCCUGCUCGAUAGAAAGCAAGAUACAUCGAAAUGUAAUUAGCAUAGGCUUAAAUAAGGAGAAGGCGUCCUUCAGAAGAGAGAAUUAUCUCGUUUCAUGGUCUGAAUCUAAUUGUUUCUUAAUUUCUUGUUUCGUAAAUUAGGAUAUUUAGGAAAUGUGGAAAAUACAAUAUCUUUAUGUAAUCUUCAUCCAAAUCGGAAACAGGUCGAAAAAUAAAUUAAACGUGAAUAGAAUAACGCAACAUGUAGAUGUUACAUUCAAACAUAAUAUUAUGUUAUCGAUAUCAAAGGACAACACUACUUAUAAUACUUUGGGUACAUGAUCUGUCAAAGCUGAUUAACGUAAAAUGUGAAAUCAAUUAUUUGUACAAAUGUGACGGCUUUGCUGAAAAUAUGCGUCUGCAUCGUGUUUAGGGCUCAAUAAACUUUACAAAAACCAGACCAGGUAAUGUAUUUCUUGCACACAAACAUGUAUUAUGUGGUCGAUAACUUACCCAUGGUGAGACAUUGUUUGAUCGUUCUCCAUUAUAACACCCAUUCUACUCUCACAACCAAUAGCUACGCAAGCCAUGGUUCAUAAUGAAUAACUAUUUCACAGAUUGUUUAUAUAAAAAGUUAAAAUAAUGUCCCAAAACACCAAAAAACUAACGGCAGGUUUGGUAUCCAGCUGACUACCACAACAUCUCAAAACGGUAAACACUGACGUUCUAGACAGCGGUGUUUGUCUAUGUUUGUUUCUUUUUUCCACAGAGAUUGUUGCCAUAGGGAAGAAAGAGAGCUGUGAUAGUUUGAUCGUCACUCUAAAAUAUUAUCCGUCUAUUCUAUACAAGGUCUUUGGAAAAAAAAAAUCGCAAAUGGCAGUGUUGCUAUUUUAAGAAAUUAAUUUUGACCAGUAUUUUUAUUGUGAUCAAGGUAUUUUUUUUUAAUUCUUGCUUCUGAUUAUUACAGAAUAGAUUGUAAACGAUGAAUUUUGUUAUUUAUUAUGAAAUAGCUCGCAAAUACAUGUACUUUAGUAGUUAUUUCUAGUUUAAAUUUGGGAAUAAAACGCCAUUGUAAUAUUA